AUGCUCGCCAAACUCAUCUUCGCUAUGGCCAUUGAGGCUGCAGGCUCAACGUAUACUGAGUACCCGACACUAAGGUUCGACGAUAACAGCCCCUGGAUUUACAGUGAGUGGUGGUAUGGUCCUCGCUUUUGAUGCGCCGAGGUAGCAUGCUCAAAGCGCUAUUCAAUCUGGGCACAUUGACGUCUCAGAGAUGACUUCUGGACUCUGAGACUAUUCUGUGCUAAACGCUGCGGGUCUGUUUCUCAACACUUGUCGUGUCAAUUACGCGCAGACAAGUGGCUCGAAUGGCAGCUUCGGUCCUUAUUAUGGAAAGAUAGCUCUGUUCUGUCGUACGCCGACGUGAGUGCCGCGGAUGACUGAGAAUGAGUUCAGCUUUCGCUCAUUGCGAACAGUAGCUGAAUCUUGCUGAGAACAAAUUGCUUCGUACGAUGCAGGUCGGGUAGUGAUGAGACGCACAACCUCACGGGCGAAGUCAUUGAUUACAUCAAUAAGCAUGUGCGCGAGCCCGGCACGGAGGAGUGGAAGAUUGAGAGCAUCCCGAAGGAGAGCGGCUGA